AAGAGCCCACUGCCCGCAUCCUUGUAUAUCGAGACAUCCGUCGCUCCCGGUUCUCGAACCCCAGUGGAAUCGUGGCUAAAAUUAAAAUAAACAAGAACCCAAAUCAGUCCCAUGUCAGGUCAGUAGUCUGCGCGGACUGAAUCCAUCAAUGGCGGGAGGUGUGAUAGAGCACCGAGCUUAUGCUCGGGUUGGACUGUUGGGUAAUCCCAGCGAUGUUUAUUUUGGUCGUACCAUAUCAUUCAGCCUUGGCAAUUUCUGGGCGUCUGUUAAAUUGCUGCCUUCCAAAGAUUUGGUGAUCGUUCCUCAUCCGACGCACGAUCUAGUUCAAUUCAAUUCCCUCUCUCAUUUGGUUGAUCGGCUGCAAAGUGAUAGUUAUUAUGGAGGAGUGCGUCUGCUUCUGGCAAUUUGCAAAAUAUUCUAUGCACAUUGCAAGGACAACGGCAUUCGUCUCCAUGAAAGGAAUUUUACUCUAUCUUAUGAUACUCACAUACCUCGCCAGACGGGGCUUUCUGGUUCCAGCGCAAUCGUCUGCGCUGCUCUUAGUUGCCUUCUUGAUUUCUAUGAAGUCAGGCACUUAAUCAAAGUUGAGGUCCGGCCAAACCUAAUCCUUAAUGCUGAGAAGGAACUCGGCAUUGUUGCUGGUCUCCAAGACAGAGUCGCUCAGGUUUAUGGAGGCCUUGUCUAUAUGGAUUUCGACAAGAAACACAUGGAGGAAUUCGGGUAUGGCAAAUACGAAGCAAUGGAUAUAGAUCUUCUUCCCCAACUCUACCUCAUCUAUGCUGAGAAUCCCAGUGAUUCCGGAAAGGUGCAUAGCACUGUAAGAGAAAGAUGGUUAAACGGCGAUAAGUUGAUAAUAUCAUCAAUGGAAGAGGUUGCGAAGCUUCCAUUAGAAGGACGAACAGCAUUGCUCGCGAAGGACUACACGAAAUUUGCAGAUCUAAUGAACCGUAACUUUGAUUUACGAAGGCAAAUGUUCGGCGACGAGGUUUUAGGCGCCAUGAACAUAGAGAUGGUGGAGGUUGCUCGGCGUGUGGGGGCUGCAUCUAAAUUCACGGGCAGCGGUGGGGCCGUGGUGGUGUACUGCCCGGAUGGAGCAGCGCAGGCAAAGCUUGUGGAGGAUGGUUGCAAAGCGGCUGGGUUUGCCUUCCAGGCUGUUAAGGUUAUUCCAUCUGUCUUGAAUGAAGAAGAUGAUCUUUAGACAAUGUUCUCCUCUGUCUGGCAUUAGUCGUUGCUCAAUAUUUUCUCAUCUGAUCAUCUGAAUCAUUAAGUGUAUCAGCAUGAAAGUCUGUUUUUUCCGUUUCUAUUAGGACUUUUGUUGUCCCAAAAUAAUAAUUUUAUUUUUAUAAAUAAUCAUAUCACUGUAAAAUUACUUUUAUUUUUUCAUUAUUAUUACACAAUUGUCACUGC